AUGUUUACCCCCGUCGAUACCGCUCUCGGAGCUGUCCUUCUACACCAAGGAUCUUCGGGAUUGCUGCAGCACAAUGGUCGUGUGUUUGGUAUUUCGUCUCUCCUCUCAGGGUCCGUUGCCAAACCUAGCCGCGACAAUCUGCCCAUCGUAGGAGGGUUGAUAUCGAGCAUCAUACCAGUGUAUUACUUUGCGCCAUCUUUACUCCCGACAUACCUUCCUGUAGGAAGUUCAUGGGAAGCUGCUCUAGCUACGCUCGCAACAGGCUUUGCAGUAGGGUGGGGCACAAAGCUUAAUACCCCUACUAACUUCACUCAAAUAUGGCUGAAGAAUGAGUGCGGUUGCACGUCCGGCCAUAUGUUAUGCGGCCUGUCCCGUCUCUCCCCCCGGUCCGCAAUCGCAACGGGCAUAUUCUUCAUGACAGCUCUGAUAACCGCAAACAUUCGAAACACCAUCCCCGCUUGUCCAAAUAACCAACCAUGUUAUUCACCCACCUACCCAACCCCCCAGCAGGCCGCAUUCAUGGUUGGAGCAGUCAUGCUUGCCCAGCUUACAAACUCCAUCCUUGUCCCACGUAUGCUACAAAAGUCCAAAAACUCCACUACGAUAUACAGUUACAUCGCUGGCUUGCAGUUCGGCCUGGGCCUCUUCAUAACCGGAAUGGCGAAUCCGGCAAAGGUACUUGGAUUCUUUAGCUGGUUUGACCGGUCUAAAUUCGACCCAUCCCUAAGCCUGGUCAUGCUGUUCGCUGUUAUCCCCAACCUCAUCUCAUACAUGAAACUGGGAGCUGCGUCCGGAGAUGAAAACGGGAAGAAACGGCCGACUCUGGCGGACAUGUUUCAGCUGCCAACGGCUACUAUGGCAGAUAUUGAUUGGCGAUUUGUUGCAGGCGGUGUAGCGUUCGGGGUUGGGUGGGGAUUGUCGGGGGUGUGUCCUGGGCCUGGUUUGCUCAGGACCGUUCUACAGCCUAAAUGGGGCUUGCUUUGGAUGGGAGGAUAUAUGCUGGGGGCUCUGUCGGGUUUGUAA